CUUAUCGGCGGAGACUCCGUCGAUAAGCCCGAGAGUGCGCGCGCGCAGCCAGUGCCGCGACGCCCGCCGCAUUAGCCCACCGCACACACUGCGCCGCUCAACAGUGCACGUUUCAACACUAAAUAAUAUUAUACAACGGCUAUGAGCCUGAACCGUUGCCGGCAAGUGUUUACAAAACUUUGGUGUUGUGACCCGUUGCUUUAUUUUAACCUGUGCGCUUGAACAGAAGCAAGACACUGCACAUCGGGCAUAACAAGCAAGGAUGGCGAUGAAAGAAUGGUUGCAAUGGCUGCCGCCGCCGCGGUCUCUACUCGCCCUGCUGCUAGCGGUAGCCGGCUUCAGCGGGCGGCUGUUCGCGUCGCACUUCACACACUCGCCAACCCUACUCGUUGAUGCUUGCCAUUCCCUGUGCAGGCUCGUUGGCUUGGUCACAACCCUAAUAGCUUAUAAGUACGAAAGAGCCGACGAAGGCGCCGGUAGAGAAGGCAAGCUUCGCAAUACAUUCGGCUGGGCGCGUAUCGAGGUGGUGGGCCGUCUUUCAGUGCACGUACUGUUCGCAUCAUUCGCGCUAGCGCUGGUGGUGAAUGCUCUGCAGCUUGGAGUCCACUCCUCACACGGCCAACCCCCAAGAUACCCGAAGGUCAUCGUUGGAAGCGCCGUCAUUGGCCUACUACUGUACAUUAUUAAUUACAUGCUUUUGGCUGGUCGAGAACUUAGCUACAGCCGUCGCCUCAGCAUGACGGAGGGCGGGGGGGUGGUGCUGAAGACGGGCGCCGGGGAGCCUAUCCUGACGCAUGCUCCUACAGACAUCGCUAGCAGCCUAUUCGUAAUUGGCGCUGGGCUGACGCUGGAGUGGGAGCCCGAGGCUGCAAAGAUUGCUGACCCAGCACUGUCCGCCGUUGCUGCCAUCGUCCUGGUCAUCUUUAAUUACCCCUUCUUGCGUUCAGCGGGAUUGGUGCUUCUGCAAACGGUGCCUGAAGGCCUGGGCGCGUGCGAGUUGCGCGCGGCUGCGCUGCGUCUUCCCGGCGUGCUGGCCAUCCACGAGCUGCACGUGUGGCAGCUACACAGAGACAGGGUCGUCGCCACGGCACAUGUCGCCUACGCCUCACAUAAGGAUUACCUGAAAAGUUCAAGCCUCGUUUGCGACCUGUUCAAACGCCACGGAAUCGGUCUAGUCACUCUGCAGCCAGAGUUUAACCUUGCUUCAUUUGCUGGUACAGAUGAGGAGAAAAAGGCUAGCAUAGAGUUCGCAAAUAUAGCCUGCUCCAGGCCUUGUGCCAAGGAGUGCACGGCGCGCCGCUGUUGCGAGCCCCCGAGGAAACCCUGUAUCACGCAAGCCUAGCUCAUAUUGGGAAGCAUGACGUCACUAGUUUCCCGGAUAUUUCAAUACCACAUGUGUUCCCUUACACGAAGUACUAAAAAAAGUACUUUUUUUAUAAAUAAUAUCGUAAAAAUUUGUAUUCAAAUUAAAUUUCAGGCAUUUUGCUACGUGAAUGUACAUAGUACGACGUUCAGAUGUGUGACAUCGAAGCCAGGGUGCAUUUUGUAAAUAUUAUCGUAUAAGUGUAUUAGCCCAUCCGAUUAUUCAUCUAUUUAAGCUAGGCCUAAGAUAGAAACAACCAAAGAAGCAAUAUCCGAUCGCUGCCGUUUUUCUAAUCGGGUUUAAUAAUGACAGCGCGUUGAACUGCAAGUGAAAGUGGAUUUGUGAAGACAUGGUUCGACUCACCUCGUUAUGUCACUUACUGCAUCGUAUGGUGGUUACCUAGUUACAGAAUGACGUUGAAGAGGCAAGGAACUAUUGUUGUAAAUGAUACUUUUGCAAUGCGACUAUUCAGUGUGAGAUCCAUUGAAUCCCAACCAAUAUUAUAAAUGCGAACGUUUAUUUGUUCAUUUGUUGUCUCUUCACACGUUAUCUUUUGAACUAUCUGCUUGAAAUUUGCGUAUAUAUGUCUGGAGAAGGACAAAGGGUACUUUUUAUCCUGGUAAAAAUUACCGUACCCGGGGGAUUUGCGAAAAAUCUGUAUUUUUUAAAGGGUAACGCUAAAUUCACGCGCGCGUAGCUUCGGGUAAAUACUAGGUGUUGAAAAUAUCUGUAGACACAUUACCUAAGUGAGCUUUAUCAAUAUCUUACAUCGAGUUAAUUGCCCUUUACCUGUAAAGAAUAUAAAGCAUAAAAAUAAAUAGUAAUUAAUUAUAUUUAAAAAAAUAUUGUACAUACGACUAAUACGCGUAAGUGAGAAUUAUAUCAUCCUUUGUAAAUAUUUUGUGAAGUAAAUCUUACGCAACCUUAAGAUGAUACAUAUAUAUCAUCACGUCUUUAUCCCUUGCGGGGAAGACGGAGCCUUCUGUCUUGAAAAGACUGAUAGACCUUGUCCAAGUGUUUAGUUAAAUGAUAGAAUCAAUUUUAUUCAAAUAGUGACAGGUUGUUAGCCCAUCGCCUAAAAGAAGAUUCCCAAGUUUAUUUAGUUGUACUAACAUUUGAUAUGGAUUUUAUCUGAAAUAAACGAUUAUUAUUAUUAUUAUUAUACCUAAGCCUAUCCCUUAGUCGCCUUUUAGACAUCCAUGGGAACGAGAUGGAAUGGUCCUAUUCUUUUUUUUAUUGGUGCCGUGAGCCACACGGUAAUUUAAGAUGAUAGUCUACACAAUAGCCUGUAAUCGUAAAAUAAUUGUAUGGUAAACUAUAUCUUACCAACAACUACAUAUCAUGCUCUCACAAUUAAAACAGUCACAAUCUUCUCGAAAGGAAGAUCCGAACAGGGUAUUUAAAAUAUAUAGGUUGUCCAAUGAUUUGCUCAAAAUAUUGGUAGUUUCUUAUAGAAGUUACAGAAGAGUUAUGCCUGCUAUUUUUUAAAAUAAAAUUACAAAUGUUUUCAUCGAUAUACCUACUCCAUGACAUAAAUUUCAUAUUUUUCGGACGUUAAAUCCGUCUAAAAAGCAUUUCGGAUUUUUUUGUAUAAAAGUGCAAUAUAUAAGACGUAUCGUGACAACGCAAUUUCAGUAGGUACAAUAAUUAGUAAAAAGAUGAGCUGCAUUUGGUUUUGAUAAUAACGACGAGUGGUGUACAAAGAGACUGUGAUGUUCUUAGACAGUAUUAUCUUAGGGCAGCUAAUUAGCCAGGGUCAAUGUUUGUAAAUUUAAUAUACCAUUACGACAACACAUAAUGUCAUUUACAUUUUAAGUGUUCCUGUACAAAGUUUUGUUGACAACCAAUAAGUAGUUAGGUAUAGAAAAAUAAAUAUAUUUUGACAAUUAUAAUAUCAUAA